AUGCAUGAUGUCAAGCGUGAAAAGGUUUUGGGUCACAGGUUCGGGGGCAAAAACAGAAUUUUAUAAAUCGAAAGACAGCUGAACUCGGUAACAUUGAUACGUACUUGAAGAUAGAGAUCUUUUCAUUACAACAUGUCCCAUUGUCAGUUUUGGUUGGUUUUCUUGGCUGUGGUUUUGGUAGAUGGUUGGCCCCGACAUCACCACAAACCCAAACCAGGUACAAAAAAAAAAGCCUUUGUUAAUUGCUUAUGGAAAAAAAGGAACUUGGAAGUCGAAUGUUUCUAAGAUUUCCUUUCCAAAAGUGCUACAAAAUGUGAUUUCGACUAUAACGUUCCCGAAAAAACCUGUCGCUUUUUCACUUCACUUAAACGUCUCAUUAUGACAUAUGAAAUAAGCAAUUGUUUACUGACGUAGAAAUCAGAAGACAGAUCAAAAUGAAGUAUGGGAAUUUUAUUUUGACGAUGUUGAAGUUUAAACUCAUUCAUUGUUUCCGUUCAUUUGCAAAGAAAUUCUUUUCAGCUGCUGACGCACAUGUUUCAAUUUACAAUUGAUUUCAUUGAAAGGGAGAAUAAUGCCCCCCAACGAUCCUCUCUCACACCACUGCUUGCUGAUUAAUGAAAAGAAUGUCUUCUACCUGUUGAACUGUUUUAUCUUACUUUUACCGUUUCAUCUCGUCUAUUUAGCUUACAAUAGUUAAUUCCUUAACUGAAGUCAUUAAUUAAAACAUUCCGUAUUCUCUGCGAAUCCAUAUGACAAAAUUUGAUCAAAAUAUAUGGAAAAAAAUAAGGAAUUGCCUUGUUAACAGGAAAGAGCGAUUUCAUGAAAUUUGAGCCAUAUUUGUCAUUAAAUUAUCUCAUUGAUGGAACAAAUUGAGCUCGUGAUGAAAGUUUAUAGUUCCUAGCGACCAGAGAAAAAUAGAUAGCAAGAUUAUUCAUCUUAAAACCCUGGAAAGUUUGAGGGUAGGAGGAAAUUUUUUGAUUUGGCAAUCAGUUCGACACUUCAUUCAGCAGGCUAAGUUUUUUAUCUGAUCCAGGCUGGAAUUCGAAUAGCCCGGCUCAGAACCUUCAUAUCGAAACAAGGUCUCAAAGCUUACCUAGGUUAUAUCAGGGGAGUCGAUGUGAUUCAUAAGUCGUAAUGGUGUCCGACAGCAUACUGGGAAAUGGAGUUUUCGUUGUCUCGAGCUUGUUACGAAUGUCCAACAAGAAUCUUUUCUUUAGAAAUGACUCAAUUGCUUUGAGGUCCUUGACACAAUUAAUGCCAUAUAACUUCAGGUGGUAACUUUUAGUUAAUAAGAGGGUCUCAAUGGGGUUGUGGCUUUUACGGUUGAGGUUCAAAAUGUUUGGCCCUUUUACGGCUUAUUAACCCAAAAUGACAGAAAAUAACACCUUGUAGAAGGAAACAUUUUAAGGAUAAUCUAUUUCUAAAACUAACGGUUAAAAUUUGACAAUUUGACUAUAUUUUUGUCGCUUUAAAGCUAACGGUUUACCCCUUUAAGGCUUCUCUUAUAAUGUUGCUACAAAAUUUUAAGAUUGUUGAGUGUAAAAAAGGAAUUUGUUCAAAUUAUUCUGACCUUAUUUUAGUUAUUAAUGAAUUGUUAAUCAUGAGCAAUAAUACACUCAAGGCUCUUUUCUAGCUCGGAUUAAAUUCAAUCAAUGUGCAGUUUUGUAAAUGUUCACCUCAUCAUCCCAAUCUUUAUAGCACCCGAUCAAAAACCGAAAAAUCAGGUUGUACAGUAUUACCAACAAGCCACAGCUGACCAGCCCCUGUUGGAUGCCCCUGGAGAUCCCCAGAACUUGAACGUGUAUAAUGUUCAGGUGCAAAAAUCACACAAAGACAACAAAGUGUCCGGACACAUGGGUCCACAUAGUGUGUCUGUCUCAAUGCAGGGGCCUGGUACGGUUUCCCUGGAUACCAGCCAGCUAAAUGUGCACCCUGAAGACCAGCAACCAGACCACACCAUCACCAUGAUAAAGGACAGCGGCGCAUGCCCGCAGUGUAGCUCGGUGAAUGUGAAAACAGGUAGAGGCGACACAUGUACCUUUAUUUUCAGCGCAGUGGAGUUGUAUUUAACUUUAGAAAUCUCUAACUUUUGCCGCAUGGGGGACUGAUCAUUGUCUUUAUUUAUGUUGGGAUAUCAAUUCUCCUGAAAUAUAAUCGUAUAGAGUUGAUCGUUAAACAACAGUCUCCGAAGCUUUCAUCGUUUCCCUGAUAAAUCAUGAUACACUGAUAAGUUAUAAGCUAAUAAACCAUGAUUUGCUGAUAAGCUAUAAGCUGAUAAGUAGCUCACCUCCCUGACUUCUUUUCUUUUUUAUUUAAGGUCUCAAAGGGCCCAUACCACUUCCUCUCACAGGGGCCUCGACACCAGUAGAACAAUCGAAGGAAGAAAAACCAGGGCAUGACGGAGUGAGUCUUACACUAGACGAAGAAAAACAAACGCGCCCAAAGCAAAAACCAACCAAGGCAGAUUUACCCGAUGAAGCGAGUCUUACACUAGACGAAGAAAAUCAAAAACGCCCAAAGCAAAAACCAACUAAGGAAGAUUCACUCGAAGAAGGACAUGUAAAUCACGUGCACGAGCCCGAGCAGUUGGGUCAUGAACCCGAGGAGGAGGACAAAUCUGUAACGAAACCUGGAGCUGAGACGCCGAUGACUCACGUGCUCCAUCACAUUGACAAGAUUGCCAAUAAGGUUAUUAAAAACCUUGAAAGUUCUCUACCUGUUGCGAACCAGAAACCAAAGCGUGAGUAGUAACUAAGAUUAACACAGAUAGUGAGAAUCGUCGAAAGUUUGCAUGGCCAACCCCCUGCCCGUCCUACCCGUCCCCCCCCCCCCCCCCCCCCUCAGCGAAAAAUAGACUCGCUAAUUUACAAAAGCAUCUUCAAAAUCUUUUAAGUAACAAAAAGUUUAUGGGCAGGUUUUUUUUAAUUGAAAGGAGGCACUUCCUCCGAACAUCGGCAGAUAAUUGUUGCAAGUAUAUGAACAGAAUUGAACCGAACUUAAUCUUUCACGACUUCAAACUGACUUUAAAUAAUCACGCACCAGGCAUGGCAAAGGAAACGUUUAAAUAUUCUUAAUUAAAACGUCCAACAAGAUCAAUUUCAGGGUGAUAUUGACUCGCUAACUUUUGGAGCCAGAACAUGUCCGGAGAAAUCUGCACCGUCAACCACACGGUUUUUUUUGAUGUCUCUGACGUCUCUGAUAUCUACUCCCUUUGUUCUUCUUCUAUUGCAGACGAGGAGCAAGUCAUAAACGGUCACAAAUUGAAAAUAGACAGUGGAGGAAAUCAUCAGAAAGUUGUCGGCAAAAUGGACCCCAAUAAUGUGAAUGUUGUAGCCCAAGGCCCUCAAACAGUAUCUGUGACGUCCAGUGGCACAGAUCUCAGCCAGGAUGUCGUAUUUGAUCCUAAUCCUUAUUGCCCUGACAAACCGUGUCCACCAGGACAAAGCGGCAGCGAAGGAAAAGGACACCAUUAAAAAAAAUGUGGUAGGUAGCAGAAAAUGUUCUUGAAAACUUAUUUCUAUGACAUUAAUCAUACCGUAAUGAUUUUUCUGGUUUUCGAAACGGUAAGCUGAUUCUGCCGAUAAAAAAUCCUUUUAUGUGACUUCUCUCACAUGGAAGAUUGGAAAACACGAUCAUUUGGGGCCUGUGACGUUAUUCAAAAUAGAUGCUAAAAAUUGUCGACGCUUUGAAAAAAUUCUAUAAGAAAAAAACAAUAUUUUUUCUUGAAGAAAAAGAAUGGACGAUGUGCUCGAGUCUUGUUUGAUCGGAAGGAACAUCAAACACUUUUUUGCAAACUCAUUACUUAGAAAUACAUCAAUCUCCUAUUUUUCCUGACGUCAUAUGUUGUCACCAUAGCAACUGGUCGGCAAUUAGUUUUUCCCGUAGCGAUGAACGGAAAACCUUUAUUGACAGUGUAAAAAUAAUGCCCUUGGGUCUCAGAAGAAUCGUGAAAACCUUUUGGGACAAGGUUGAAAUCACUUUAUUACACAUCGUUUACCAAGGGGUAUCAAGCGUAAAACAUAGACGCUUCCUAUGAGCUAGUAUUACUCUUCUCGUUUCCAAACAGAUGGAGAAGAUCGCUACGAACAGAUGACAAACCAGGGUUGCUAAACCAGCGAGAAAGAGGAAAGACGAAUCACAGAAAGUUAAACACUAUGCAGUCGUAUCUUAUUUCAUACCUUUCAUUUUUUUAUUUAAAAAAGGUAUAUUUAAUCUCUAAAGAUAUUCCUAAUGUUCAUUUACUAUUUCAAGGAGAAUGUUGUUGCAGAGAACAGAAAAGUUGUUAGCCAUUUAAACGCUGCAUUAAUAAAUAAAGUCACUAUCUGAA